AUGGAAGCCGGGGCAGCCGGUGUUCUCUAUGCAGCCGAAAACCUGCUCGAGGGCGCUGCAGCCUUCGUGAAGGGAAUCACUCACCCGACGCAGCCGAUCAAAGCAAAUCUGACACGCAUAUCGUCCGUACCGCUUCCUCGAUCGCACCACACGGUCGCGGUAGUCAAAGGCCGUGCCUACAUAUUCGGUGGAGAGAUUGAAGAUGGCAAACUUGCGGACAACGAUAUGCAUGUUGUGAUCCUGCCCUCAAGUGGCGUCCUUGAUGCCGACUACACAAAGUACCCUCCCCGUUCAGCAAAUGGCUUGGACGACGUACCGAGCCCGAGAAAAGGACACACGGCAACAGCGAUUGAUGAUAGCAUCUACAUCUUUGGUGGUGAGGGAGAGGGCGUGACAAAUGAGAAUGGCAGGUUGUGGGUGUACGAUACGGUAUCGAAUACUUGGUCAUCUCUAGAGUCCGCCGACGCGGUCUUUCCUAGCCAGCGAACAGGUCAUGCUUCUGCGAGCUCAGACCUACCAGGCCCCAAAACAACAACUUAUGUGGAGAAGGCACCGCAAGCUCCUGCAGACCCUGCUCAAAACGUUCCGGAACCACCAGAGUCGAAUACAUAUGGUACAGUUUUCGUUGUUGGUGGUCGCGACACAACUAGCCAUGAACUGUUGAACGAUGCAUACGCUUUCGAUGUCAAGACGCGAACAUGGAAAAUCAUUCCCUCUCCACCAGGACAUCCCCGUGAAGGCGCGAGUUUGGCCCUCGUCGGCAGCCGACUGUAUCGGUUUGGGGGUAAAGGUGUGGAGACGUUCGCUUCGGGCGCAGCCGAAUUCAUUGACGCUUCACAUGUCUGGACACAUGCAGAGCGCGGGACUACACCAGUCAACAGCGGUUGGGGCUGGGAAGAAGUCAAGCACGUAGAAAGGCAAGGCACGGCAGACACAGCACCACAAGCGCGCUCCGGCGCAGGACUCGUGGGCGUCACAACAGGCCAAGGACGACACUACCUCUUAGCUAUCGGCGGCGAAACUGAAAAUGGGAGCUACCUAGACGAUAUCUGGGCUUUGCAGCUUGCAUCUGAACGAUCCUCGGCCGCUGCAACCAAGGAUUCUAUCCGCAAUACAAUGAAAAGGGACACACACGAGUCGCAAUGGGCGGAGGCAAUAUAUCGAUAUGUAGACACGAAGGGGGAAGAGGAGAGCGAGAUCCCCGGGAAACCUAAAAGGGGACUGGGCGCGCGAGGUCAUUUCGGCAUCGCGAAGGGCACAGAAGUCGAUGGAGCGACAUGCGUUGUAUGGGGAGGUCUCGAUGCAAAUGGCAAGACACUAGGUGAUGGUUGGAUGGUGACUGUUGACAGGUGA